ACAGACACAGAGAGACACAGACACAGAGAGACACAGACACACAGAGACACAGAGAGACACAGACACAGAGAGAGACACACAGAGACACACAGAGAUAACUAAAUAAAAAAAACACAUCGAUGAGCGAGUAGUAUUACAGACGACUGGCAACAAAUACGACAGAUUUUUUUUCUUUUUUUAAAGGCACUCUUAGCUACCACCGGCUGUGGUUGUUAUUAUUAUUACUAAUGGGGUUUGUUUGCGUUUAAAACCCCACAGCCGCUUCAAUUUAAAUGGGUCGUCGGUGUGAAUAUGGCACAACACGAGGACACUUGCCGGCGUUUACCAGCGCUACAUUCUAGCCCUGGGCAGCACCGUCUGCAUUAGUGGGGCCGCGCUCGCUACACGCUCGCAGGGCAAGGUUAUUGUUAUUAUUUGCUGUUUUAUUUGUUGUUAUUAUUUUCUUGACCACGAGGAUAAUGUCCCCGCCGCCGCCGGUGGUGGUGGUGGGUACGAGCCGACUCGCUGUGGUGGUGAUGUUGUUGGUGAUGAUGGUGGUGGGGUCCGAGGCGUCGUCGGAACGUCGCGACAGCGCCCCCGAUCCUCAUUCAUCAUCGACAUCGGAGUGCCGCGACUACCGGAGCAUCAACGUGUCGGAGCGAUGCCACUUUGUCAACAGCACGCCCGACUGCAAGAUCCACGAUGGGUACUUCGACUACGUGCACAUCGCCUUCUGCAACUUCCCGGCUCGCAUGCUGCCGCUGCCCAUGACACUCUACGGCUUGUGGCUGCUCGUGCUGUUCGUCGCCACGUCUACGACCGCCGAAAACUUCUUCUGCCCGGCCCUGGAGUCCAUCUCGCACUCCUUGCAUCUCAGCCACAACGUGGCAGGCGUGACGCUGCUGGCAUUUGGCAAUGGCGCCCCGGAUGUCUUCAGCGCCGUGGCCGCCUUCUCCGACCCCCGCACGGGUGGCCUGGCUAUCGGGGCCCUGCUCGGCGCGGGGAUCUUUGUGACGACAAUCGUCGCCGGCAGCGUGGCCUGGGUUGACCACUUCUUCAUCCCAUCGCGCCCGUUCCUGCGUGACCUUGUCUUCUACCUGGUCGCGGUGUUCUGGACGUUCUUCGUGCUCUACCGGGGUCACAUCAACAUGGGCGAGUCAAUCGGGUACCUGGGCCUGUACGGAGGCUACGUCGCGACGGUGCUCAUUGGCAGCUGGAUUUACAAGCGGCAGAAAGCCACGUGGUUCUCGCAAGGCACGCUGCCCGAUUACGAGGGGCCUGUUGACCUCAGCGACGAUGAUUACGACGAACCUCGGCGGCGUGUCGCCAGCAUUCAGCAAGUGGUGGGGGACCUGAGCGAGAGCCUGCCACUGCUGGGUGUGCCAUCGGGCCCCACGCUGGCCUGCGGAGGGAAGCUCUACCGCUUCCUGCUUUCUUUGUCGCCGCUCGACCCCGCGGAGUGGAGGCGGCGAGGAUACAUCUGGAGGUUACUCAAGGUCGUCGUGCUGCCAGUGGAGCUGCUGCUGAUUCUUACGGUGCCCGUCAUGAACGUGAUGCACGAGGACCGCAAGUGGAAUCGCCCACUCAACUGCCUGCAGCUGAUGACGGGGCCUCUGGCCGCUCUCUACUCCCUGAACGGGGGGCUCUACUUCAUGUUACCUGUGGGUGGUACCCUUCCGCUCUGGAGCCUGAUACUGGCUAUUGGCUGCCUGCUGGCCGUCGUAGCCUUCAUCACGACCAGCGAGCAACCGCCAGCCUUUCAGCUAGCAUUCGCGGUUUUGGGCUUCGUGGUGAGCGCCCUCUGGAUGAACGCCAUUGCCAACGAAGUGGUGAACCUCCUGCAGACGUUCGGCGUUGUGUUCGGCAUCAGCAGCACCGUGCUGGGUCUCACGCUGCUCGCCUGGGGGAACAGCGUGCCCGACUUCGUGGCGGAUAUCACGAUGGCAAGACAAGGCUACCCACGGAUGGCCAUCUCCGCGUGCUUUGGCGGCAUCGUCUUCAACAUCCUGGUGGGGAUUGGGCUGGGUUGCCUGCUCAGUAUGCCCCCUUCUCACAUGCAGCAGCUGGUGCCGGAUGUACCACUGGUGUGGGUGCUGUGCGCGUCACUGGGCAUCAGCCUUGUGCUGUCUUUCGUGGCACUGCCGCUGCAGGGGUUCUACCUCACGCGCAAAUACGGAGUCUGCCUCUUUGCACUUUACCUCGCUUUCCUCACGGUCGCGCUCCUCACAGAGUUCAAGAUCAUUCGAUUUUAAGUCGAUCGGCGGCGCGAUUCGUGGUUUGCGUUUACUUUCACUAGCGUGGUGCAAUUGGGACUUUCGUUUUCGCUUGCUUUCGUUGGCGCGCGUCAAAUUUGUCCCAGCGAAAUUGUUCUACUUCUGAGAUUUGACAUGCCAGUGGACGGGCGAUUUAAUGUUAUCUCCAUGCGAGAGAAUUGAGGUCACUAAUGCAAGUAUUUUUUGUUAGUCAGCCAUGAACAUAAAGAAUGUUUAAGUUGCAAGAACAUAUUUUGAAAUGUAAGGUUAGGUUUGGAUUUUAAGCAAGGUUAAACGUCUACAUUAUUUUGAAUGACACUUGAUUUGUUAAUAAUUUUGUACAAAUGGCUUGUACUGUAUUUAUAUAUGGAAAUAGCCAGUGCACAAAGCAAAAGCAAUCUAAUUGUGCUGCACAUUAACAAUUAUUGCAGUGGGUGCUGUGUUUUACGUGUUUUGAGUACUGAAGCCUAGUUUUAAGAUUUUUUUAUCACCGAUGAAUGUUUUGUAUGUGUGCAAUCACUGUAUUUUUCUGGUGCAACUAUUGUAAAGCCAAUCUAGAUUUGAAGUUUUCGUGACUGCAGGGAUCCAUACUCUUUGGUUCUUUCGGUAAAGUCACGUGGUAGGUAUAAAAUACAACAAAUUAAAUCACGACGUUUCGGGCGCAACACAA